UCGCGUGUCACCAGAAUUCAACCCCCCACAAAAAAAAAAAAAUUACCGCCUCGGGGGGUGGCGGUGGUGAAGGUGCUGCUGCUGUACUGUGCGGGUUUCCACAGACAGGUAGAACAAAAGCCCCGUUUUCCCGGUCAAUAAAGCACACUCACACACACCAACAAAUGUAAAAAAAAAGUAAAACAGGAAAAGACGAGUCCCACUACUACCCCGAACGUCGCGUUUUGUGCCAAAAAAGCCCGGAACCCCGGGGUUCGCGUAGUCAGUCGCGCCAUGGCCAUAACCCGAACAUGUCGGGCUUUUGGGAGCCAACAUCGUCAUCAUCGGCAUGGCCAUCGACAACAACAAGAACAAUGCAACCCAGGUUCGAUCAUCGUUGGCACGUUUCCUUGCCCGGGAUUUUUCCUUGCGCGGCGUCCGAGCUAGAUUCGGCGGCGGCGGCGGCGGCGGCUGUGACACGUCGUCCGGGGCGGCGAUUCGUAGUUUUCGACAAUAUGCAAACGUGGUCAAUUUGGCCGCUGGCCACGACUAGUUCCGGGGCGCAGAUUUUUACUUUUGCCAGCGCCCCGGUUGUGGUGCCAUACAAGACUGUGCAUCGUGUGAGACAUGAAGAAUUGAUCCCGUUUGAGAAGCUCAAGAUCACGCCUUUGGAUCCCUAUGAAUCUGACAAUUUGCUUCGUGACAGGAACCAGGAUGUGCGCAUCAGGAACAUUCUGCACGAUCCGCGAGUCAUGCGGGGAAGCACUAUGGCUUUCAAGAACCGCCUGGCACCAGGCGAUGGAACGUCGCCGUUAUUCGCUCGCGGUCGUUAUAACGGCGCCGACGGGUCGACAAUCGAAGGCCAUCGGUCGCAGCGGAACUCGAUCGGUCAGCCGAGCGACGCCCAAAGGCGCCGGUUGCGGCGCCACCGACGGCGGACGAAGCGCUCGUCGCCGCCGCCCGUCGAUGGCCGUGAGCACGCCGACUCACAAACGGAAAUCCGCCUCGAGGAGCUGAGGCCAGCAGAUGGCGACUUGGUUCCGUCACUGUUGAGUCGAAUCCUGGCGGAGGCCCUGGAAGAAGUUGAAGCCGAAGAGUCGGCAGGUGUCGUUGCUAGACGUCAGGCCCAGCUGAGCAUGCUCAGAGAAACGUCGGCUGUCGAAAGGGUCCGGGUCCUGGAGGAGCAGCUAGAUACUGCCGCCGAUGACGGGGGCGACACCGACGGAGACCGCGUGAGUUACAAUUUUCGUGUC